UUGAACACAGAUGGCAUCAGCUUUAUGAAACAGCACUUCUCAAUCCUAAAACAUCAUGCAGUUUGCCUUCGUCGCUUUCUUUCUCUUCACCUCUACCCUGUCUUUAGGAUGGGCAAGAAAUGUAGACCUUCGAACAUCCAGCCUUUCCACGAUGAACAACAUAUGCAGCGAUUGCAACAAGAUCGUACAGCUGUUGACGGAUAUGCUCUCCAAUCCAGACACUCAGCAUCGUAUUGAAAAUGUUUUGGACAAGUUUUGUUCUGAACACCCCGUCAUCCCGUUGUGUAUGGAUGGAGCAAGGACAUAUGUGCAUUUGGUCAUCAAAUAUUUCAGUGCAUACGCAAAUCAAAAUGGUGACAUAUGCGCAAUGUUGGGACUGUGUGCCGUCCAGUCCGAGAGAGAAGCGCCGGCGCCGCCAGAGCUCAUGGUUGGCCUGGAUGAGCAUGGGUUACUCUAUGCAAAACCCUCAAGAGGAACUAGUCAAGACGUUCAUAACAAUCCCAUCUGUAACUUCUGUCUGUUCUUCAUAAAGACACUUGAGAGCAUGUUGCCAAAAGAGAGAACUGCGGCGAUUAUAGAGAACCUUCUGGAGAAAAUCUGUGAUCAUUUGCCUGAGCAUUAUAAGGAAAUGUGUGACAGCUUCAUAGAAACGUACGGAAAGAAGCUGAUUGAGCUCCUGUUGUCCUCUCUCCCUCCACACGCCAUCUGUGCAGCACUGGGUCUGUGUCUGUUCCCAGAGACACCACUGACACUGUCCACAGACUGUGAUUCCUGUAAGAUACUAGCGGCCCUCUCCCGGUUUCAUCUGGGUCACAACGCAACUGAGAUCCAGACCUCUGACCUGCUCCAGAAGAUCUGCCACCUUCACCCUGAUGCUAUUCCUCAAUGUGAAGGGUUUGUGAAGCGUCAUGGCCACAGGCUCCUGAAGAGUGACGGGAAACAACCAUUCAUCAGCGAGUGUCAGGAAGAUUACCUUUGCACGGGACACAAGUGAAAGUGAUCAAUCGAAUGAGAUUCCAA